AUGUUAAUAAUUUUUACGAAGAAUAUUGAAUCAAUAUGUCAUAAAUGUGUAAAUUAUGAUAAUCACAAUCAAAUUAUUAAUGAAUACAAAACAGGAAAUAUCUCAACUUGUCAUUAUCCUGAAACUAAAAAUGUUUUUGAUGGACUCUUUAAUAUCAUUUGGGAUGAAUAUCUUAUAAAAUACAAUCUUAUGAAAUCACCAAUUUAUAUUAACAGAAUCAAUAAUUACGGUGAUUACAUAGACAGACAAAAUAAAAAAAAUAUAAUUUACACAGAAAAAAUAACAUUUGAUAAUUUUAAAUUUUUAUUGGAAAAUGAUCAAAAAAAUAUCUUGAAUUAUUGUGAAGGAGGAAAAUACGAAAAAAUAAUCAAUGAUAAUAAAAUACUCAAACAAAAUAAUCUUGAAUUACAUACAUUACGAAAAAAUAUAUGUAAAAAAAUGAGAAUUGGAAUACGUAAUAAAGAAUCUUUUUUCAUUGAUUUUAUAAAUGAUAAUAAAAUUUCAGAUUAUUUAAUGUAUAAAGGAUUUGUUUACAAUUCUUUAAGAGAUGAAAGUAUAUCGGAUGAAUUUUACAAAGAUAAAAUUAUCGAAUUAGAAAAAAAAUGUCUAAAAAGUUUAGAAGAAUUACCAAAUGUAGACUGGUUUAAAUGGUGGAGACAUUUAUUAAAUAAUCCUGAUAAUUUAAAUAUCAUUGAUAGUUAUUGGAUAUUUAAAAAAGUCAAAAAAUUGAAUCCAAAAACAAAUGACAAAAAUUUUUACAAAUUAGUAGCUUCCACAUUUAUUAAGAACCUAAAAAGAUGCAAUCAAGAACGUGAAAAUAUAUGCGUACCUGAAAUACUUCAAAUGAUAGAUUCUGAAAUCAACUGUGAAUCAUUAACUACAAAAGGAUUGUACAAUUCAUUAUUGAGAAAUGAAAAUUUCAACAAUAUAGUUGACCUUAACAUAAAUGAAAUAAAUGAAAUACAUUACCAUAUCGCGAAACAAAAAAAACAACUGGAAGAUUAUUGCUUAACUGAAUUCAUCAUUGAUGAUUUUUUAACAAAUGAUAGAUUUGAAAACUUUUUUAAACAGGGAAUAUACAAACCAUUUUUUUGGGAUUCAUUACCAUUAUCAGAUGUUAAUAAAAAAAUCAUUAAAAACAAAUGGAUGAAAAAUACAAAUAGAUUAAUAAAUCUAGAAGAAAAAACAAAUAUGAAUGAAUACAUCAACAGAUUGUUAACCAUAUCUCAAUCUUUAAAAAACGAUCAAUUAUACUUUCCAGAUUCUCCUAAUAUAUUCUCUGAAAAUUUAAAACACGAAAAAGAUAUAUGUAAAAAUUACAUUAAUGAUGAUGGUCCCAUUAAAAAAUUAAUUGAAUUAUCAAAUAUAUCAAAACACGCUAAAGAAAAAUUUGAAAACCGAAGAUUGGAAAUAUUACAUGAAAAAGCUAAUAUCUCAAAAUUAUAUCAAGAAAAAUUAACAUCAAUUAAAGAAUCUGACAAAUACAAUGAAUACAUUAAUGAUAUCAAUAAUUCAUAUACAGAAGAUGAAUUAAAUCUUUUGAUAAAUAGAUUAUCUCAAGAUCAAAUAUUGACACCUAUACAAAAAGAUGAAAUUAAGAAAAAUAUAGAUGAUAAAAUAGAUGAAAUCAAGAAAACUGCACUUCAACCUGAUCCUAACGAAAAUAUUCUUGUUGAUGAAUUAGAAAAAGAUAUAGAAAAUAUUGAUAAAAACAAUUUUUUUUCUGGUCUCAAUAUUAACCAAUGUAAAAUCGCAAUAGAAAACGGAUGGAAUAAUUAUCAAAUAAUAAAUAAAUGUGUAAAAUAUCGUGAAUUUAAAAAAAUUAAUGUCUUAGAAGUUAAGAAAUCCGAAUUAGAUUCAUUAUUGGAUAUACUCGAAGAUAUUCUCAAUGAUGAUAAAACCACAUUCAAAUCAUUACCUGAAAAUUAUGAAAAAGAUAAAAUAGAUAAUUUAAAUGAUAAUUUUUUACCAC